AUAAAAUGUCAGAUGAGAAAUUGUCUAUAGAGAUGAUGCUCUGAAUCGUCAUCUUGAUAGUUUACAUUGUCCUUGCCGAAAUCAUCGAAAUCAAACGAGUGGACUUUAUCCAUGAAAGUGGAGUUGCCGUUUUCCUCGGUAUUUUAGUUGGCCUUGUGAUAAAAUAUGGCCUCAACCAAACUGUGGCCUUCAGUGAGUCGUCUCUGUUUUACUUUAUUAUACCUCCCAUCAUAUUCUCGGCUGGCUACACGCUUAAGAAGCAGAACUUCAUUGAAAACUUUUCGUACAUCCUGAUGUUUGGACUUGUGGGAACUUUGCUGUGUAUGAUGUUUCUAUCUUACCUGAUUGUGGGUGCCAGCCAUAUCAUAUUCACUGGAGAGUCGUCAAGCAUGAGGCCUGACCAAUACGACUGCAUGUUGCUUGCCAUCAUGCUCUGAGCCUCAGACUCAGUAGCAGCUUUGACGAUAAUUAAAUAAGAAAGAUUACCCCAAACUCAACUCGAUCGUCUUCGGAGAAAGUAUCCUGAACGAUGCAGUGAGCAUAUUGCUCGUGAGGACUGUCGAAGGAUACAUCCUAGCCACGAAUGAGUCUGCAGCUCCGAGCACUCCAGGAACUGACGACACAGCCAAUGAUGAUGUGCUGAAAGGCCGUAUGCUCAAGAGUGAAAACUUCUCGCUGUUGUCAAGUGAUGGAAUCUCGAUCUUGGCAUCCUUCUGUUUCAUGACACUCUUCAGUGUGUUGUUGGGGGUUUUGUUCGGGUUGCUGGCCAGCUUCAUUUCGAAGAACGUGCCGACACUGCGAGUUCACCCGGCCAGGGAAAUGUUUCUGAUUCUGCUGUUUGCAUACCUUGGAUAUGUGGUCUCUGAGAUGAUCGAGCUUUCAGGCAUCAUGGCGAUAUUCUCGUGUGGGAUGACCAUGAGUUACUACACCAUCUAUAGCAUGAGUCAGAAGUCACGGAAAGGAUCGCAGCUUGCAGUCGAGACCAUCGGCCACGCAGCCGAAGCCAUCUUGUUCGUGUACAUGGGAGUGUCACUGUUCAGCAUCAAAGUCCACCAGAUGUCGAUUGGGUUCUCGUUCUUGGUGUUGUUUGCAGCCUUCAUUGCAAGAGCCAUUUCGAUGGUGAUAUCAUACUUAAUGGUGUGUUGGUGUACAGAGCAAAUCAAGCUCAACCAGUUCGCAGUGAUAUGGUUUUCUGGCCUUGUAAAGGGCGCCAUUGCAUUCGGUCUGAGUGCCCAGAUUUCACCAGAAGUUUCGGAGAACAGAGACUUCAUCAUGGGGACCACACUCAGCAUCGUACUUGUCAGCACUAUUGUGCUUGGAGGCCUCAUGUCGGUGUUUGCACGUGCAGUGGGGCUUGACAAAGAAAAAGAAAUGCUCAGGAGGAUCUAUGCUUCGUUCGAGAAAGGCUCCAAGAAAGAGCAAGCAGAAGCCAUUGCUGACGAAACAGGUCAGUCUGACGAAGAGUUCGGAGACGAUAUCCGAGGAAAGAUCCUGAGAAUGAAGUCAAGAGCCAUCAACUUCAUCGUCACUUUUGACAGACUGGUGCUGCAGAAGUAUUUUGGAGGAGCCACUCCAGAAGACGAAGAGCGGGAAAGAGAAGAAGAGGAGGUUGAAGAGCACGAGGCACUGAGGAUUUUUGCAGAAAGACACAGAUCUGACUUUAUGACAGCAGAUCACGAUUUAAAUGAUAACAAAGGUAAGAUAUUCUCGACUAGAAGAUUCUUGAAAUUCCCAUUUAAGUUGAAAGGAGAAGAGAAUUCUGCCUAAUGACAUUUAUUUGAGAAUUGUUUAGCAAAAUCCUUAUAUAGAUGAUGAUAGAAUGAUCCGGUCAAAUCCAAAUCAAGGAAGAGGAUUUAGCUAUAUUCCACAAAAUCCCUCCUCAAUAAGUUCAAGAUCAAACGGCAAGGAAGAGUCUAAAGACAUAGAGCUCAAAGAGGACCUAGAUGAAGAAAUAUAGCUUCAAUGAUACAAAGAAUCACCAUGAAUAAGUUGAAUUCUUAUUCACUCAAUUAUA